AUGGCUGAAAGGGACAUAAUAAAGAAACGUGGUCAUUCAGCGAGAGAAAGAGGUGAAACGACAUCAAUUACUGAGGACAUAAUUUCAAAACUACCUGAUGCAGUUAUCGUUCAUAUCUUGUCGUUUCUCCCUACUUUGGAUGUCGUUCGGUCAUGUGUUCUUUCAAAGCGUUGGGAAUUCAUGUGGUAUUCAGUCCCCAAGCUCUUUUUCUCUGAUUCUAGUACCACUGCUUCUGAUUUUCACAAGUUCCACAAUUAUGUCGACAAUUGCUUGGAACACCGCAAGAAAGGCAUGCAUUUUAUAGUUGAUUCAGCCACAGCUAGUUUUAAGCUUCAAAUGGGUUUCUACCGAAGAAGCAAGGCUGGCUGCCUAGACAAAUGGUUAGGUUUUGCAGUUGAGAAUAGAGUGAAGGAAUUGAGUCUUAACUUGGUGCCAGAAAAAGGUAAGCACUACAAGUAUUACUACUACUGCUUACCUAAAUCAGUAGUCAACUUAAGAUAUUUGACCAUUUUGGAAUUGAGUGGACUCGAGUUGGGUUACUCGUUUAGUUUUCCGUCCUUGAAAUCAUUGUCCUUGAAAGAUGUUGGGCUUGCAUAUAAUGUGAAAAAUGAUGUGCUGUCCAAGUCUUUGUUGGAUUGCCCUUCUCUUGAGAAAUUGCUGUUAAGUUCAUGUCAUAAGUUUAGUACUCAUCAUCCGCUCCGGAUACAAAGUUCAAGCCUCAAGUUGAUGGAAAUUAAAUCCAAUGCAUCUCUUCAAGUUGAAGCCAUAAAUCUUGAAUCUUUGGUACUAGAUUUGGUUUGCUUUGGGGAAAUAAAUAUCUCUGCAUGUAAGGCCAUUAGAAAUCUUUCACUAAUUAAUUGUGAAUGGGGUAAAACAGACCAGUCAUAUCUCGUUUCAAAUCUUCCUCACCUUGAGAAUUUGACUUUGGAUACUAAGUAUUAUAAGUCGGGGUUGGAGCGCCUUAAAAUCUCGAGUCAACACUUAAAAAGUUUCAAGUUGAGUAAUGGGAUCUAUGAGAGAGAUAUGAUCAAGGAUGUCACAAUUAAAUUAACUCCAAAAUUAACUUCAUUUUGUUAUGAAGGUAAUAUGAAUUGUAACAUAUCACUGGAGUCACCCAAUUUGUUGAACGGAAAAUUUGUAAUUAAAGAUUAUCCUCCCAACUAUGACACAAAUUGGUUUAUCAAUAUGAUCAAUUUUUUUCUGAAUCUCAACUGCUCUUGGAAUAUUGUGACGCUGCAUGUUUUCUCAGAUGAGGCUCUCAUCAUGCCGGACAAUUGUAAAAGGAUAUGCCAUUCUCCUCUACUUAAUUGGAAGCAUGUCAGAGUUAUUACCCGCACUCGCUACACACUGAGAAAAUCAGACUUGAGAGAUGUCUUGAUGUGGAUCUCACCCUCUUUAAAAACAUUAUCUAUUAAUGGAGAGGGCAUAUUCUAGUUGCCUUACAAUAUUAUCAUAACUGAUGCUAUAUUUUUAGUCUUUUUGAGCUUGUAUAUACUAUUUUAGUAGCUUAGUACUAAUGGAAUUUGCUACUUUCAUUUUGCCUAGUUGGUUUGUUUUGAGAACUUAUCAGGGGUGGUAGAAGUUAAUGUUAUCCCCUUGUUCUAAUGUAUUUUGGAGGGUAACUAUAUCACUUUGCUCUGAUGUAUUUUGGAGGCUCUCUUUGUUUUUCGAGACCCCUUGUUUUAAAUGAAGUUCGAAGUUAACCACCAAAAAGUUAAAUUAAAUAUUUUUCUUAUUUUCUUGUCGUUUAUUGGAAUUUCGUAAGGCUGCAUAUUAGCUCAGGUUGCCAAUCAGUUGUUUUAUUAAUUAUUUUC